AUGAGCUCAGAUUGGACGUCAAUGCCAAUGCGCUAUGGCCUAUUUACCCCGCAAUCUUCGCAAGAGAUGCCGGAUUCUACCGAGCAUCCGAGAGAUAAUGACUCUAAACCUUACGAUGUAAUGUGGCCAGACACGGAUGAAUCAGAGGAUGAAGAUUUCCUCCCUCAAAAUCAGCACAUUCGCUUCCCAUCACCCACUCGUUCCCCCUUUUGUGACACUGAGGACACGGUGGAUAGAAAGAGGGGCCGCAUGAACUCUGUCGGACUGGCUUAUGAUACCCGCGAACUGUUGCGGCGACGUAUUGAAGUAGAUUGCUGUAUCACCGAAACACCUGGUGAAAGGGCUCGCCGAGUAAUAGACAAGGCUGUUGACAACGGGUGUGAAACGGCCGACUUCAGUCAUCUUAACUUAACUGAAAUUCCUGAUGAGAUUGCUGAACUACGAUAUAUCACAGUGUUUCGUAAAGACACGAUGAUUGUUAAACCAGCGUCACUUGAAGUCUUCCUGUACACCAACGCACUGACCUGUCUGAGUCCAAGUCUGUUCAAGCUCACCAAUCUCACUGUCCUUAGUUUGCGCAACAACCAGUUGACGAAUAUUCCUCCCGAUAUUGCCUUAUUGGUUAACCUAGAGGAGCUGUCGAUUGGAAACAAUCAUCUAUCAUUUAUUCCCGCAGAACUACUUAGUAUUCCCAAACUCUCCAACCUCUCACUGUGUCCCAACCCCUACUUUUCUCCAAAAUCAGAUGAAGAAUCCAGUCGUCGUCGUCGUGUAGUGGAGCACCGAGUGCCUAGUUUACUCGAAAUCACCACUCGUCAGUGGUUAUCCAAAGAUUGUCAUGAAUCCACACCCUGGAUUCCGUGUGCAAUUGAAUCUCGAUUAUUAUCCCUCUCCCCCACCAACCGCUGCUACACCUGCCACUCCACCUUUGACCUUCCUUCUAUUAUCGACAUAUUCUGGUAUACUGUAUUUGGUGUCAGUACAAUUCCAGUCCAACAUCGCUUCUGCUCACUCAAGUGCAGCAAAUCAUUCAAUCCACCUCAAUAA